GGUUCUACUACAUAUAUGUGAGAAUCAAGCGGACAAGAGGGCAUCUGCAUAGUUGCAGAGAGUUGCUCCGCCGUGUGGGCGCCACAAAGAAAUUCGAAAUUUCGGUGUUCCGGAAUCUCCUGACUUGGAAUCGAUGGAGUUCUUGAUCGGUGGGCUGUCGUCCUGCGGAGCAGUUCUGGUUACGAAUCCGCUCGAAGUGGCCAAAACUCGUAUACAGCUUCAAGGAGAACUUCAAGCCCGAGGAUGUUAUCCGGUGCACUACCGUAAUGUUUUCCAUGCGCUCUUUACGAUCGGAAGCAGAGAUGGUGUACGUGCAAUUCAAAGCGGGCUGGCACCCGCCAUGUGCUAUCAGUUCUGUCAGAAUGGCUUCCGACUCGGGGCGUUCCAACUCAUGGAGAACUCACACCUGACGAAGAAUGAAGACGGCUCGGUGAAUUUUCCGCGGAGCGUUCUGGCCGGAGCUGCUGCAGGGAGCGUUGGCGCAUUCUUAGCGAGUCCACUGUACAUGAUCAAGACUCAAUUGCAAUCUUCGACACGGAUCCAAGCCAUAGCAGUCGGCUUCCAACAUCGUCACGUGUCCAUGUCUGACGCUGUGGCAACAGCUUGGAGUAACGGCGGUCUCCGAGGUCUCUGGCGGGGCGCCAGCGCUGCCACGCUGAGAGUGAGCGCCGGAAGCUCGGUACAGCUCAGCACCUUCAGCAAAGCUCGCAGCCUACUUCUAGAACGCUUUCCGGCGCUUCAAGAGUACUCGAUGAUGGCGACAUUCUUGGCCUCGCUCGUCAGCGGGAGCAUGCUCUGCGUCAUCAUGACCCCUUUCGACGUAGUAUGCACUCGUCUCUAUAACCAAGGCAUCGAUCGGAGUACGAAAAAAGGGAUGUACUACGAUGGAGUCCUGGACUGUUUCGGGAAAAUCUUCCGCUCGGAAGGACUGCUCGGUUUCUACAAAGGGGUUUCAGCCGCGAUCUCACGCUGCGCACCCCACACUGUCAUAACGCUGAUGCUCUGGCAGGCGCUGAAGGACAUCAACGAGGAGCGCUUAAGCGAGCGAGGUGCUCCUCCGACCUCGGCAACGAAAAUCAUCGCCCUGCCCGGACAAUCUGCGGAACUGACCGCUUGACAGGAGCAACGGCAGUGAUAAUCUCUUAUCUUCCGAACGUCGAGCUCACGACCACGCACAGUGUCUUAGGUAGAUAGCGUUUUGUAGCCAAAGGUUUUUUAAAAGCCGAACGAAGGUUCAGUUCCUCCUCUACGUUCGAAAACGAGAGCGGUAGCUUCUAGUGGUUUUCAUAGGAAAAACUCUUGUGUGACUGUGAUCUGCUCAGAAGAGCUCAUUGUAUAGAGCAUACCACUUGUGGGGAAGUGUUUUUUGGCUGCCAUGGAUGGCCGACCCUCGAUGACGAUGACUCGUCUGAAAACUGUCUGACUUUCUCCGUCAGCUCCAUCAGUUCAUUCAUCGGCAAACCUAUAUGUAUAUGUACAUUAUAAUAAUGCUUCAAUCAAUGUUCUCGAAUCAGCCGGUGACUCGAGAAUUGAGAACCUUCCGCCCACCAAAGGUGCCCGGAGAGGCGUUCUCUCGUCGUUCAAUUCACUCGAUUUAUCAGGAAGAGUGCUGCCCACAUGAGGCAUCAUUGCUCAACUGCAACUUCCAACCCUCCUCAUAGACUCAUGUGGGGUCAGCAAGAUGACCUAGAUUGUUCUCAAACUGUUUCUGUUGACCGUCGGUCGUACGGAUAUUCCGGGCUUGCUCCUAUCCU